UAAUGCCACAUUCAAUCUGUCAGUCAACAUUUCUAUAAAAUGUUAUAAGCAAAACAUUUUUACCACUGGCUCUCAGUCUCUGGGACGCUAGACAAUCAGACGUAGUUUUCAAUCGCAGAAAUAAAACAUCAACCAAUCAUUAAAAAAUGUUAGUGAAAUUUUUGUUUGCUGCUACGCUGGUGCAGUAUGUCAGCUCUCAAUGCACCUAUUCCUCAUGGUGGUACAGUUUUGAUACUCCUGGACAAUCUAAAUGUAAUGAGAUCAAUUCUUACAUCAAUGCACUGGACAGAAAUGACGUGAACUGGGCAGACGACGCUCUUAGUAACUUAGAAGGUGUACAAUGUUGUCGACCCCCCGCUCCAUGGAAUAACGUUGAACAGCAAGUGGUCUACGAAGAUUGGACCGCCACUUUGGACUCUGAUUACACCUGGGCUUUUUGUCGUGUAGGCUACUUCCUUCAAGGCUUGUACAGGUCAGAUACUGGAUGGCCAAGAUUCAAAGGCUAUCUUUUCAAUCUCGAGAGCGCAAGAUGCACUAAGCCAGCCAAUCAUCCAUUGAAUUAUGGAACCUGUCAAGAUAUUGACGUAAGUAGCUGUAUGGGACGAAAGGGUCAAUGUUCAUGUCCAGGGGGAUAUUUUCUGACCGGACUCUACCGAGCUGACGGAGAUGACCUUUACUUUUUGAAAAAAAUUCGAUGCUGUACACCAGCAGCCAAACCUUUAGAAAUGGACGAGAAGAGUAAAAUACAGACACGCAUCAUGGACACAACAUUGUGGAAUAUGGCUACCUUAGCACAUUACAUGGGUUAUGGCUGGUGCUAUGGCUGCCACGGGUUAGCUGUUGGUGAAGAUUUCACAAGAAAUGGCUUCACAUGGGCAGCUGAUACACGCACGUUCUGGGGAAAAUGGUGUGAGGGUGAUAAAAAUGGUGAAAGGCUCAAUUUAGUUUUUGGUGAUUGGGGAUUCGCUGUCAAGGAAAUUAUUUAUGGAAAAAGUGUCAUUGAAGAUCUUCAAGCAGAAAGUGUAGACUCUGGAGUUCUUUACAAUCGAGCAUCUUCCCCUGUUACCGAAUCGAUUGAUAGAACUAAGACAAUCCAAGAAACUAUCACUCAUUCUACCACUAGUACUUUUACCAACAGUCACGAACUUGGAAUAGAACUAAACUUUGAGAUUGCGUCAGUCAGCGGCAAGGCUUCUUAUACGACUAAAUUUGAAUAUUCCAAGGCAACUACAAAUGAAAAGAGUAUUUCUCAAACUACGGGAUUUACCAAAAAAUCUUCCAUCACGCUUGGACCAAUGGAAGGAGCUAGAUACGAGAUAAUCAUGAGCAAAAGUAGAACAACUGUACCGUACACUGCAAUCAUUACGACCAAGUUUUCUACAGAAAUGAGAGGAUUUCUGCGCUGGGAAGACGGUAAUGGUAAUUUCCAUCAAGAUUACAGAACUAACAGCGGUAGGCCCACCUACAAUUAUCGUUUCGGAGACUCCUCCGUUCCAUUUUAUAAAGCACUUAAGAAACAAAGUGAUAACAACGAAGGAGUCUGGAUGUGGGGAAUGUUACUUCAGAAGUUUCCAGAUGCACGCCAAAUCAUUAAUAGACUUACUGAUGAAACUCAAUAUCAAUUUACUUUAACAGGGAAACUGGAAAAGGUUGAAGGCACAAGUGUUAAUGUGAAGUGGGAGAAAAUGAAACUAAAUCGCCGUGAUGUCUCUGGGAAUGAUGCACCUGGAAGAAAUAUUACAACUUACAUUGCUGCUUCAGGCCCUGCUGAUAAACCAGCUGUUGUUGAGUACCCCAAGGUUAAUUUAAAUAACAAGGAGCCUUUUAAACCUAUUGAGAUUCCAGUCACAGAAGUGAAAGUCUAGAACUUAAGACAUCAUGCACCUGUGUUUUUCUUAAUAACUUAUCUACAAUUAUUUUCGAACGAAGCAUUAGUUAAAUCACAAAAAUGUCCAAAAACAAAUCACAUCGGGCUCUGGUUCUGCAGUGGUGUGCUAAAUAGACUAAAAUAUUUUUCUCCAUCAAAAGGUAAAAAAUAAAAUAAAUAAAAAGCUUUAUCUAUAUAGAUUAAUAUUUACAAUAA